AUGUCUUCAAGAAAGAAGAUCCUGCUGAAGGUCAUCAUUCUCGGCGACAGCGGUGUCGGCAAAACCAGCUUGAUGAACCAAUAUGUCAACAAGAAGUUCUCAGCCUCCUACAAAGCCACGAUCGGCGCCGACUUCCUCACCAAAGAAGUGCUCGUAGACGACCGCCUCGUGACCAUGCAGCUCUGGGACACAGCCGGCCAAGAACGAUUCCAGUCACUCGGCGUGGCCUUCUACCGUGGAGCAGACUGCUGCGUGCUUGUAUAUGAUGUAAACAACUCGAAAUCAUUCGACACGUUGGACUCGUGGAGGGACGAGUUCUUGAUCCAAGCUAGCCCUAUGGAUCCUGAGAGCUUCCCAUUCGUCGUACUGGGCAACAAGGUGGACAGAGAAGAGAGCGCGCGAGUCAUCAGCAGCAAGAGAGCAAUGGCCUUCUGUCAAGCGAAGGGUGGCAUACCAUAUUUCGAGACGAGUGCAAAGGAGGCCAUUAAUGUGGAGCAGGCUUUUGAGGUGAUCGCACGAAAUGCCCUCGCACAAGAAGAAUCACAAGACUUCAACCCGGACUUCCCAGAAACGAUACCCAUCAAUAUCGACAACCAGGAUCAGGGUUGCUCGUGCUGAAGGCUGACGAGUAUUGGGAGGAAGAAACCAAGCCUCGAAGUUUAUCUCGCGAGCGCUGCCUGUAUCCUGAACACACCAUUUUUCUCGCUUGCAUUUCAGACGGCGUUCGGAGCGCGAUUGACCUGUGGCGCUGAGACGUCGUGUUUUGCACAAUACCAUUUACCGCACUUUUGGAAGGAUGGGUUCGGAUGCAUGAAAAUGCGGAUUUAGUCAGAAUAGCAGUAGCAUUGAACACAGAAUGGGAAUGAUGAGUAGCCGAAUU